AUAUGGUAUUCUCUCUGCAUAGCGAAUAAUAGAAAAGAUAUUAUUGAGUGUGUCGCGAGAGGACGAACGACGGGAAAGUAUAUACAUAUAUCGUAUGCGUAUAGUGAGGUCGCAUGCGUUGCGUUCCACAGGUGUCUAAUGAUUGUGAUUAGCGUCAUUUUUGCUGUAAUAGGAUCGUUUAUAUACGCAUUGAUUAAAAUUAUAAACGCUAUUGACAAGAAGCUUGAGAUUUUAAGUAUGGAGAAGCAAUCAAAGUUGUCUUUGAAAAGAAACCGCUAUCAUCAGGCUCAUGUCACAAAUGAUGUUCCAGUGGAGAUAUCAGAUGAUGAGAGCUCUGACUCAUCAUCGAAUCCACAGUCAAAUAUAGAACAAGUAAACUUUACAAACACAAGUCAUGGAGUGGCUGAUAUUUCAAAUGAUGCGACAAAUAGUUUAAAUCCUGCAUGCAGUUUGAAACAUAUACAUGAUAUAUCAGACGAUUUAAGUAGCGAUGAAGAUGUUGUUGUAAUUGACAUGCCUAAUACCUCUAAGAAUACCCAAUCAAUGUUUAAUUGGAAGAAAACGAGCUUUGCUUAUGCGCCAAGCUGUCAAAACGACAACUCUUCUGUUAAUAUAUUGCAUGAUUCAAGACUUGAAAAGGAAAUGCCUGGAGAAGUAUCAAGCAAAAGACAAAAACUGAGGUCUGAUUUGACAAGUUUAAGUGAUGAUGAUUUAGCGAGCUUGAACAAGGAAGAAUCUUCGCCAUCUAAAGUUACGAUACAACAUAAUAUAAUGAUUGCAGGAACUAAAGUCACAUUGCCUGUCGAGCCAUACCCAUGCCAGAAAGCAGUGAUGAAUAGUCUUAUCAAAGGAUGUACUAAGGAGCAGCACUGUCUCUUGGAAAGCCCUACUGGUAGCGGUAAGACUCUGGCUCUUCUCUGCGGAGCUUUGGCAUGGCAAGAGCAAUACAGGGAGAAGCUCAAGCAGGAAGAGAGCAACAAAAUAAAUGCAGAGAAUUCGUGCUGCGACGACGAGGAUUCUUUAGAUGACAAUUUCUACUUAAACUCAUCACAAUACUUCGACGAAGAAUGGUGUGAUGAAGUUCUGCACAAAGCCAAAAUGCGGAAAGUGCCAAAAAUAUAUUACGGAACGCGAACGCACAAGCAAAUCGAGCAAGUAGUGAGAGAAUUGAAAAGGACUGUGUACAGGGAUAAAAGGAUGACUAUAUUGAGUAGCCGGAAACAAACGUGCAUUCAAAAUAGCAAUAGGGACAAGGAUGAAUUAUGUCAUGAGCUACUCGAUCCGUUAAAGUCUGAUAAAUGCCGAUAUUAUAAUGACCAAAAUAAAAGAAGGAUGAUGUUGUUUAAUGGGCUAGAAACGCCUUGGGAUAUAGAAGAUUUGAUUUCGUUGGGCCGAAAUACCGGGACCUGUCCAUACUUUGGCGCGAGAUCUUUGAUGGACAAGGCUGAAAUCAUCUUUUGUCCUUACGCCUAUAUCGUAGCUCCAGAUAUUCGCGAGAGCAUGCAGAUUAAUCUGAAAGGCGACAUUGUAAUCUUCGAUGAAGCUCACAAUAUCGAGAAUAUUUGUCUAGAGGCUGCCAGUGUAAAUCUCAGAAAUGAUGAUCUUAUGAUCGCUGCCAACGAUUGCAAAUAUUAUGAUCGCAAAUGUCGUGAUCGUAAUAUUUACAUCACCAUUCAGAACUAUCUCACUGAUAUUGUAAAAUUCCUGGAAACUAUUCAUGUUAAACAGAAUGACAAUGAGAUGGUUAGUGAUUAUUGGCUUGGUGCCGAAUUUCUGGUGUUGCUCGACAUGCAUAAUAUCGGGAAUUCGAGAUUUCCCGAUUUUCACAAUGCUAGCAAGAUGGCUAUUCAGGAUUUCAAGGAAAUGAAACAAGAGGCUCGUCCUGAUAAAAUAGUUCAGACUAUUUCGCAUGAUACUAAGAAAAUUCUAGAGCAUCUCUGUUUUGCUAUACAGAUGCUAACAUCAGAUAUCUUUGUCAAUGAUUUUAGAGUAUGUGUCAAAGAAAGUAUGAAACCUUGUAAGAAGAUUAUACCUAAAGAUGUUUGGAUUUCGACGAAGAAUAAACCAUUACGAGAACUGAAACUGUUAUGUAUGAAUCCCGCUAUAGUUUUUGCACCUUUAGCCCGCACCGCCCGCUCUGUGAUAGUUGCUUCGGGUACUCUUACGCCGAUUACGUCAUUCCAAAGCGAACUUGGCACGAAAUUCCCACAUAUAGUCAAUCCUGAUCACAUCAUAUCGAAGGAGCAAGUGUACGUGAGAUGUAUACCACGUGGGCCGAAUGGAAAAACCUUGAUAGCUACCUACGAAAAUGUAAACUCUUGGAAUUUUCAGGACGAACUCGGUAGUCUGGUUCUUCAAGUGUGUGAUACAGUGCCAUAUGGUGUGCUAUGCUUUUUCCCAUCUUACCUCGCAAUGAACAAGCUACUCGAUAGAUGGAAGAAUAACGACACAUUGAGCAAACUAGAGAAAUUGAAAGAAAUUUUUGUGGAACCGAGAAACCGAGAAAGCAAGGAUUUUCCCGCGAUGAUGAAAGCAUAUUGCGAUGUAAUCAAGGAAUCGUCGUCAAAAUCCUUUCGUGUGGCAUCUGGAGCUAUCUUUUUCGCAGUUUUCAGGGGAAAAGUGGCGGAAGGAAUCGAUUUUAGCGAUAACGAGGCUCGAUGCGUACUAGCGAUCGGCAUACCGUAUAGAAACAAAAACGAUGUAUCUAUGAAGAUGGACUAUAAUAACUCGAAUAAGUCCAAAGGUUUUUUGCCUGGUCGAGAAUGGUAUACUGUAGACGCGCUUAGAGCAUUAAACCAGGCACUAGGCCGUUGUAUUAGACAUAAAAAUGAUUGGGGUGCUGUGUUACUGGUGGAUGAAAGAUUCCGGAACCAAAAUUUUAUUAACUAUUUACCAAAAUGGAUUAAAACAAAAUGGAUAUAUGAUGAUGGGAAUUACGAUCUUCAAACAGAACUUGAAAAUUUUGUAGAAAUACAAAUUGCACGUGAAAGGGGAAAAAAAUGCGUCGCAGCUGUAUAGAAGAUUGACUUUUUUUUUUUAAUAUAUAAAGAAA